UGGAGUCCAGGCCACCUCCGUGGGUUGGUGACACGGGCGGACUGAGGUGACUCUCCUCCCUCCUCGUUAUGUCUCGAAGAAGCCAGCGCCUGUCUCGCUACUCACAGGGGGAUGAUGACGGGGGCAGCAGCAGCAGCGGUGGGAGCUCCGUCAUGGGGAGCCAGAGCAGCCUGUUUAAGGACAGUCCUCUCAGGACCUUGAAGAGGAAGUCCAACGUGAAGCGCCUCUCCCCAGCGCCGCAGCUGGGCCCCGCCUCGGACACGCACACCUCCUACUACAGCGAGUCGGUGGUCCGGGAGUCGUACAUCGGCAGCCCGCGGGCCGCCGCGCUGGCCAGGAGCGCCCUGCUGGGCCGCAGCUCACUGCUGGACUCGAGCUCCGCCCUGGACGGCCAGCUGCACAGCGACACCUGCUGGAGUGAGGACCUUCGGGUGCGGAGAAGGAGGGGCACCGGUGGCACCGAGAGCAGCAAGGUCAACGGGCUCGCGGAGGGCAAGGGCUCCGAGGACUUCCUAGCUUCCUCGUCUGGCUACUCCUCAGAGGACGACUUUAUAGGCUACUCCGCAGGGCUAGACCAGCGGGCUUCAGGCUCGGGACUGAGGAGGGCUGCCUCUCGGGCGGGCUCUUUUCUCUGGACGGUGGCCACUUCUCCAGGCAGGCUCCUUGGGCUUCUCUACUGGUGGGUGGGUACCACCUGGUACCGCCUGACCACAGCCGCCUCCCUCCUCGAUGUCUUCGUGCUGACCAGGCGUGUCUCGUCCCCCAGAACCUUCUUCUGGUUCCUGUUGCUGCUGCUGCUGCUCAGCUGCCUGACUUACGGUGCCUGGUACGUCUACCCCUUCGGGCUGCAGAUGGUCCAGCCCGCCAUGGUGUCUUGGUGGGCAGCCCGGGGCCACAGCAAGCCACAGGAAGUCUGGGAGUCCAGGGACUCGGCCCUGCAUUUACAGACUGAGCAGCGCAUCCUGUCCCGGGUGCACUCGCUGGAGCGGCGCCUGGAAGCUGUGGCCUCCGAGUUUUCGUCCACCUGGCAGAAAGAGGCCCUGAGGCUGGAGCGGCUGGAGCUGCGGCAGGGGUCAGCCAGCCAGGGUGGCAGCCAGGGCGGCAGCCUGAGCCACGAGGACACGCUGAGACUCCUGGAGGGCAUCGUGAACCGCCGUGAGGCCGCACUGAAGGAGGACUUCCGCAGGGACAUGGCCACCCACAUCCAGGAAGAGCUGGCCGCCCUGAGAGCCGAGUCCCAACAGGACGUAGAAGACCUCUUCAAAAAGAUCGUCCAGGCGUCCCAGGAAUCUGAGGGCCGGCUCCAGCAACUCAAGUCAGAGUGGCAGAGGACGACCCAGGAAUCCUUUCGGGAGAACGCCGAGAAGGAGCUGGGGAGGCUGGAGGGCCAGCUGGCAGGCCUGCGGCAGGAGCUGGCGGCCCUGGCCCAGAAGCAGGACUCCCUGGAGGACCGCGUGGUCCUGCUGCCCCAGCAGAUCCAGGCCAUGCGUGAUGACGUGGAGUCCCAGUUCCCUGCGUGGGUGACUCAGUUCCUUGUCCGCGGUGGGGGCGCCCGCUCGGGGCUCCUGCAGCGAGAGGAGAUAGACACGCGGCUGCAGCAGCUGGAGGAUAGGAUCCUGGCCCACGUGGCCGAGACGCAGGGCAAAUCGGUGAAGGAGGCAGCAGCCAGCCUGGGAUUGGCACUGCAGAAGGAUGGCGUGAUCGGAGUGACGGAGGAGCAGGUGCAGCGCAUUGUCGCCCGGGCCCUGAAGCGAUACAGUGAGGACCGCAUUGGCAUGGUGGACUACGCCCUGGAAUCCGGAGGAGCCAGCGUCAUCAGCACCCGCUGCUCUGAGACCUAUGAGACCAAGACGGCCCUCCUCAGCCUCUUUGGCAUCCCCCUGUGGUACCACUCCCAGUCGCCCCGGGUCAUUCUCCAGCCCGACGUGCACCCAGGCAACUGCUGGGCCUUCCAGGGCCCCCAGGGCUUUGCCGUGGUCCGCCUCUCCGCCCGAAUCCGCCCCACGGCCGUCACCCUGGAGCACGUGCCCAAGUCCUUGUCACCCAACAGUACCAUCUCCAGUGCCCCCAAGGACUUCGCCGUCUUUGGCUUCGACGAGGACCUGCAGCAGGAGGGCACGCUGCUUGGGCAGUUCACCUAUGACCAGGACGGGGAGCCCAUCCAGACCUUCUUCUUUCAGGACCCCAAGAUGGCCGCAUUCCAGGUGGUGGAGCUGCGGAUCCUGACCAACUGGGGCCACCCUGAGUACACCUGCAUCUACCGCUUCCGGGUGCACGGGGAGCCCACCCACUAGCCUUCCUGCCUCCAGCCACCAGGAGGCCACCCAUGGGCCCCUCUGCUGGCGUGGAUGAGCAGUCCCGCCUCCGCCACUUCCCCACAUGCUUGACAAGCACCCAACUCCCAAGAGCAAGACAGGCCUGGCCUGAUGGACAUGAGAGGACCCCCUGGGGCUGGCUGGUGGCCGCUCCCUCCCAGAAGGGUGUAUAUAUAUGUACCAUAUCACCGCAGGACAGCCGUGAGCAAGCCCGUCCCAAGAAGGCCGGGGCAGCCGUGGGGCCUGGUGGUGGGGCUGGCACCUGGAGCUUGGGCAAACCAAGGGCCGCAGCUGUGGGCGGGACACGCCGGGCAGUGGGUGGUUGGGGGUGAGGAGGACCACCCAUGGGUUGGGGAGGUCGAGGCCCAGGCUGCCCGCAGUCCUAACCUUGUCAGCGCCCCCACCACCAUCCCCCGCCCCCAUUCCGAGGAGCAGGUGUGCACUGUGUCCAUCCUGGGGCUGCUUGUGCCCUAGAGGGCGGCUGUUUUGAGUGGCUAGAGUACCCGGGGCCUGUCUGCAGGACUCCCUCUGCCCCCACAGCAGGGGUGGCAAGCCCUGGUGGCACCACGGUUGAGCGCUUGGCUGCAAGCCGAGAGCUCACUGGUUCAGCCCCAGCGGCCACUCCUCAGGAGAACUUAUGCUUCUGUCCAGGUCAGAGCCUGGGAGACCCGUGGCCGGUGCUCCUCUGACCUUCGGGGUCACUGAGCUGGGCAUCUGGGGCAGCCAGAGCGCAGGGAGCAGCAACCCCCCUCGGCUCCCGCGGGGUGGUGUUCAGGGCGUCAUAGGGGCCCUGCUGCAGGACCCUUUCACUCAGGCCACCUGGGGGCUCCUUCAGCUCCUGCUUGAAUUGUCUUUCUUUUCUCGCUGACCACGGGGGAAGUCGGGGCGGGGGCUGGGAGCACUGGCAUUGACAUUGAGGCAGGGAGUGGGGAGGUGACUUUUGAACCCAGCAGAAUCUACUGUAUUAUGUACAUAUUUUUCCAGGUCUGUUUUUUAAUGGAAAGAAAAGCUAAGGGCUGGAUUCCUGGCCCUGUUCUGGGGGGCCCUGGGAACCUGGUUGCCGUGGGCUGGGGGCAGUGGCUCCAACCACAUCAUUGGUUCUGGUCUGUCGGAAAAGCGGCCAGGCCCAGGAACUCGGGGCCCCACAGGCUGAGCCCAGGGCCCAGCCCUGGCCCGAGAUAACCAGGUUUGCUUUUCCACUCUCCUGUCACAAAUGCUGCACUGUUGGUUCGGAAUUCUCUAUCUCCAGAUUCUAAUGUAUGCCUAUGCAAAAAAAAUAAAGAAUACAUGAUACCCAG